AUGCAGCGUUCGGAAAUCCCACGGAGCUACCUAGUGUUCACCAACAGCGCAGCGCUGAAGCACUUCGCGUUCCCACAGCCAAUGGCACAGGCACACAGUGCCCUCAGGAACAGGGACGGCGACCCACCGGAGUGUCGUGCUGCUGCCGGAGCCGGUGUUACUUCAGAUAAGCUGGAUGACUUGGCGUUGAAGCAGGAGAGGAGCAGCCACAUCACUUACAGCACCUUCGUCUGCCCCACAGAAAUUGUGGCCUUCAGCAACAAAGCAAAUGAAUUUCGGGAUGUGAACUGCGAAGUGGUGGCGGUUUCUGUGGAUUCUCAUUUUUGCCAUCUGGCCUGGAUAAACACGCCACGAAAGAGCGGUGGUUUGGGCAAAAUGAAUAUUCCAGUUCUGUCGGACCUCACAAAACAAAUCUCCCGUGAUUAUGGUGUGCUGCUAGAAGGACCUGGGAUCGCACUAAGAGGCCUCUUCAUCAUUGAUCCAAACGGGAUCAUCAAGCAUCUGAGUGUCAACGAUCUCCCCGUCGGUCGUAGCGUGGAAGAGACCCUCCGCCUGGUGAAAGCAUUCCAGUACGUGGAAACACAUGGGGAGGUUUGCCCGGCAAACUGGACUCCAGACUCCCCUACAAUCAAGCCAAGCCCAGAAGCUUCUAAAGAAUAUUUUGAGAAAGUGCACACAUAAACACUCAAAAUAUGUGGAUGAAACUCUUAAUUACAAUGCGCUGAAGACAUGAAG